CGAUGGCCUGGAAGACCUACUUCCCGCUGUGUGAUGGCCCACUACAAUCGCCCAUUGACGUGGUGCCAACGCCCAGCAGCCGCGGGCCGGAGACUGAGCGCGUCAAGGUGGACUUUGCGCCAGGCUUGCAGAACGGCGAGAUCAAGGGCAUGAACACUGGCCGCAACAUCAAGCUCUUCUUCCGGCCGGAGAACUUAACCGCACCGCUCAUGCAGCUCUCCUUUCCCAGCAAGCCGACUUUCGGCACCUACAGGUUCCUGGAGAUGGUCUUCCACUGGGGAGAAGGCCAGGGUGACCAUGGUUCCGAGCACACUAUCGACGGCAAGUUCUUCGAUGCCGAGGCGCAGAUGGUGUUUGCCAGCAACAAGUACGACACGUACGAAGAGGCCAGGAAGCACCCGGGCGGGCUGGUGAUUGUGGCGGUGCCGCUCAAUGGCGCCUGGAACCUGCCUGCCACUCAUCCCAUGUUCCCCACAUUCGAGAUCGAUCUUAAUCCUUGA